AUGGUCCAGAAACGAGUCACUGUAGCUGCCAGCAGGCUCUGCCCCGCCAGCCGCAUUAGGAGUCUCGGGACGCAUCAUCUGCGACGGCGUAUAAGGCGAUGCAUUCGCAAACAGCUGCGUGCGCUCUCGCUGAUGUGCCUGCCCAGCAGCAUAUCGCGACGAAGACAUGCGGUGGAUUCUAUCCAGAUGACAAACUUGGAGGCCGUGGAGAAGGACAAAACAGAAGAACUAAAGGGGGUCAAGUAUACGGUCACUGCACAGAGUUUUGCGGAGGCGAUUUCUGUUAUGGUUUACAAAAAUGAUAAAUGCGGUAGAAUAUUCGAAUGCCAGCUUUAUCCGCAGCCGGGCGGCGUUUUGAGUUCAGAACUCAUUCUGCCUGGGCUCACUCCUAGACCACUACUCGGAGCUACUCUUGAAGACACUGCAGGUAGCUUGUAUUCGUCGGUGAUUGCUUCUAUGGUGAUGCGACAAAGUCCGGACGAUACGCGCAAGCUCGUAAUUGGACUGGGAGCAGUAGGGCCCAAAGCUGGGCAGCCCCCAGGACCAGACGAUCGCGAAGAGCUGCUUUUUGUGACGAAACUCGUUGAAUCAUGUCGUGUGUGGUGA